AUGAAUGUAAUUAAGCGAUGGGCAGAGGCAGAGCUCCUACAAGUAGUACUAGUUGUUCUUCAUCUAUUGACAGUAUUCAGACAGUUAAAGAGAGAUCUUAGCACAGAUCUCAGGCUUGGGCUUAGCUUAUCACCCUCUGCCUCUCACUCUCAACAACACAACCCUUCUGUUGCAAGGGGGUCAUCGUCGGAUUGGGCGUAUUCAAACCAGCCGAAGGAGGAGGCGAUGAAUAAUUAUGCAGCAGCUGCAGCAGAUGAAGGCAGCAAUGAUAAUGAUGAUCACACCACAUCCACCUUCUAUGUGAAGGUUUACAUGGCAGGCCAUGCUAUUGGCAGGAAGUUGGAUCUAUUAGCGCAUGAUGGUUUUCAUGACUUGAUACGAACACUGGAACAUAUGUUCAACACCAACAUUCUCUGGGGAGAUGAGGUGGAUAGAGUGCACUCUGAGUCUGGUCGUGAUGUUCAUGUUUUGACAUAUGAAGACGAGGAAGGGGAUUGGCUGAUGGUGGGGGAUGUUCCUUGGGAGAUGUUCUUGUCCGCAGCGAAAAGAUUGAAGAUCACAAGGACUUUUCCAUGCUGA